AUGCUCUCUUGCCAAGGACUUGAACAGGCAUACCAACCCCUUCUUCCUUGCUCUCAUAACCGCUCACAUCCUUUCGAUGCAUUCUUUCGCCGUUUAUGUCCACUACAUCUGAACCACACACAGUUCACCACUCACUCCAACAGAGAUAUUUGUAUCACCUUGGGUAUGAUAUGUUGCUGUGGUUCCCUCUGGUUUCAACAGGCCCAACAAACUCUAUUAGCAGUGUUUAUCAACCCAAAUACAUCAAGGGAACGCAAGAAGACGAGUAGGCAAAUGAUGCGACAAAUCAAGUCUCGUCGAGCUGUACAGAAAAAGAUCAAGUUAGUCAGGCUGUAG